CUUUACCUGCGUUGGCUCGUAUUUCAUGAAGUGACUGUCAUACAGUUUCUGCAGAUGAGAUGCUACACCAGAUGUCCGCAAGCAUCGGCAUGUCGAAAGGUGGUACUCUUUCUUUGCGCCCGUCUGUUGAUAUCGAAGAAACUAAUAAACUCUUGACAGAUGAUCUCAGUAAGGGAACUGAUGAGAUGAUGAAGGCGUGGGGAUUGACUGACGACGAUCUCAAAGGCUUCGCUCCGGUACCCGAUGAGAAUGAUCCUGGUCCAGUCGAGAACGAAACCCCUCAUGCGGAUGAUGAAACCUGGCAUGAUUUACAGGUCCCCUUCCCUGGCGGGUGGUCCCAGUGCUUGCUAUCCGGCUAUCUCAAGCGACGACUUGAGCACAUCUCCAGGUUUCCGCGACCUCUCAAAGAGACGGAGGAUAAAGCCUAUCUCAUCUCUUCUGCCCCAGGUAAAGGGCUAGGAAUGUUCGCUGCGCGCAAAAUCAAGAUGGGUGAUCUCAUUGCCGACGAGAGGCCUUUGAUGGUUGUGCCUCUUGCUCCUGUGGGUAUAGCUGUCACUCCUAUACGACAAGGUAUGACGAAGGAGGAGGUUAACCAAGCCAUUCUGGACUACUCCGAGGGGAUUAUGCGUCCCAUCUUUGAGCGUCUGCAUGACGGGAGUCAGAAGGAAUUUAUGAAGCUCCAUAAUAGCCACCUGCACGACGGAAGCGGUCCAGUGUUGGGCGUGAUUCGGACCAACGGCUAUGGUCUUGGGGAUCAAUUGAAAGACGACACUAAAACUGUGGAGUUGCUAUCCAAGUCGAACCCCGAUGAAAAAUUGAAGAGUUUGAUUGGAAAGUAUUCUAGCGUCCACAACAUACUCUCCAGGGUAAAUCACAGUUGUUCCCCGAACACCAAUCGCAAGUUCCACAUGUCCACAUUCUCUAUGCAGCUUCGCGCAGCUCGGGACAUCGAAGAGGGAGAAGAGAUUCUCACCUCUUACACUAACAUUCUUCAGCCAGCUGCCGACCGUGCAAAGGACCUCGCACCAUAUGGUAUCCAAUGCACCUGUCGCGCCUGCCUUGACUGCACUAAAAGCGACCCCAUACGUGCCGCUGUGUUCAACCGCUCAGGUGUGUUCGUCCCGAUGAUGCGAGAGCCAGGGGUGCGGUCCGAUGCUUGGAUCGAUCCUGCGCUUGAGACUCUGGCGAGGAUAGAGGAAGAGGAGCUCCAAGGGUCGCCAGAAUACCACAAGACGCUACAUCAGCUGUACAACGCGUAUGUGUACCAGAAUGAUGAGAAGAAGGCGCUGGUGUACGGCGAGAAGUUGUGGGUUGCUACUUUGGCGGCUGGGGAAAAGCAGUACGAAACGUUUAGGAAUCCAGAGCUCAUGAAGAAGUCGCCGCAGUGGAUGAUGGCAAAGAUGACAAGAGGGAUACCUUUGUUGCAGUCCUUUUUCUGAAGACCUCUGGAGCGAAAUUACCCUGCGCUGCUAAAAGUGUAUAAAUUUAAUGUAUUUUGAUCCGUCGGUUGCGAGUAAGUGGG